AUGUCCAUCCAGGCAUUAACCACCCUCCCAACCCGCCUAACACUCACCAUCACCGCCCUAGCCAUCCUCGCCAUCCCCGCAUACCGCGACUACCGCAUCUUCAAAUCCUACGGACCAGGCGGCGUGCCCAAUAACGCGCUAGGAUGGAUUCUCGUCCGCGUCCUCUUCCAGCCCUUUGGACGCGAGAUGUUCAGUACGGGGGAGUAUGUGCGGCGCAUUGAGGCGGCGGAGGGUCAUGGGGGUAAUGAGGGGUUUUUGGCUGUGUUGGGGAGUCGGGAGAGGCCUGUUGUUGGGCCGCAUGUUGUGCCGCAACGGCAGUUGACGGAUGUUCCAGGGGAGGUUGUUAUGGAGAAACUGCGGAAUGCAUUUAACUCCUUCGCUCAUCGGAAUCAUCAUCUUGUUAAGCUUGCACGCUCGAAUCUGGAAAGACAUGCCGAUGGGAUUUUCCUGGCUGAUCAUCUUCCUGCUUCGGGGCUGGCGAGGACAAUGAAUCGCGAGAUUGCGCAUGUUCAUUUUGGGAAUGAUCACUCACUGCAUGUGGUACUUGCGCCUGCGGAUUGUAUUAAGGUUAUCGAGUCAGGCUGGGGACAGCGUCAUGCUUUCUCUGGGUCUUUGGCUAUGACAUUUCUUUCGUUGGGGACACGUCCUGAUAUCCCGGCUGAGUAUGUUUUGAUUUAUGCGCCGCGGACAGAGGCGGAGGUCGAGAUUGUCAUGCAGAUUGUUGCGGCGAGUAUCAAGUUCAUGACGGGGCGGGAGGAUGUGCGUUGA